UACUGUAUUUGUGUUCUGUGGGUAUUGUUGAAUUGGUUCACUUGAAUUUAUGAUUCAGGACUAAAUAGGAUUCAAUAUUCAGUUUAGCUAAAUAUUAUGUUCUGUGUAGUUGGGUAUGUUAUGGGAUGGGUAGAUUAGUAUUUGAACUCAAGUCCUUGUUUUAUUUGACCUUAAACUCAUGUGAUUUUAUACCACAUACGUCUUCCUCAUCAGUUUUGUUGGAUGUUAAGUGCUAAAAACUCACAAUGACUUCUAGGAUUUCUUGUCGAUGGCUGAAGAUAUGCCCUUUAACGAGAACGAACUGAUUAAAUUUGUUAGUUUAAAACGAACUUAUCUAAACGUAACAAGAAACUAAAUUUAGGAAACUAAGACUGAUCUACUUUCAACAUUGGAAACAUACUUUGGAAACAUUGUUACCACUACACAUCUGUAGUAUGAAGAAAUAACCAGAGGGAUUGAAGACGAUGAAAUAUUAUUUUUAUUUUGUUUGUGUGGCCUUUACUAUCAUUGCCUAUUACUUAACAUCCACGAACGCGCAUUACACUCACCAAUGGGCUGUGCACAUAUCAGGUGGUGCUCAGGUUGCUAACGAAGUAGCUCGAGACCAUGGAUUUAUUAAUCAUGGACUGAUAUUCGAAAAUCACUAUUUUUUUACGCACAACGGCAUUUCUAAACGAUCAGUAAAUCCAAAUAUGGAAAAAAGAGUAAAGUUAGCUGCCGACACCCGAGUUCAAUGGGCAUCUCAGCAAAAAGCGAAAAGGCGUGUUAAGAGGGAUCUACAACUAGAAGAUUCUGAUCCUUGGUGGGAAAACAUGUGGUAUCUGAACAGAGGAAGCGGCUUAGAUAUGAAUGUGAUACCAGCUUGGAUGGAUGGUAUUACCGGAAAAGGAGCUGUCGUUACUAUACUUGAUGAUGGUUUAGAGAAGGACCAUCCAGAUUUGGUUAAAAACUACGAUCCCAUGGCCUCGUACGAUGUUAAUAACCAUGAUUCGGAUCCAAGUCCUCGAUAUGAUAUGAUAGAUUCGAAUAGACAUGGUACUCGUUGUGCAGGUGAAGUUGCAGCUACUAGCAAUAACAGUAUAUGUGCGCUUGGAGUUGCACAUGGUGCUCAAGUCGGAGGCGUUCGCAUGCUGGAUGGCGAUGUCACCGAUGUCGUAGAGGCUAGAAGCCUUAGUUUAAAUCCGCAACAUAUUGACAUUUACAGCGCUUCUUGGGGACCCGAUGAUGAUGGUAAAACCGUCGAUGGGCCUGGCGAGUUGGCCACUAGAGCUUUUAUAGAAGGAAUCAUGAAGGGCAGAAAUGGUAAGGGUUCAAUAUUUGUCUGGGCCUCAGGGAAUGGUGGAAGAGAUCAUGAUAAUUGUAACUGCGAUGGCUAUACUAAUUCUAUCUACAGUUUAUCAAUAUCAAGCGCAACAGAACAUGGUAAUGUGCCUUGGUACAGUGAAGCUUGUAGUUCUACUUUAGCGACAACCUAUAGUAGUGGUGCUGCUAAUGAACGUCAAGUUGUAACAACAGAUCUACGGCACUCGUGUACAAAAAGUCAUACAGGGACAAGUGCCAGUGCUCCUCUAGCUGCUGGAAUUUGUGCACUAGCUCUUGAAGCUAAUCCAAAUUUAACGUGGAGGGAUAUGCAGCAUAUCGUAGUAAGGACUGCACGACCUCAGCAUCUAACAUCCGUUGACUGGCAGGUAAAUGGUGUAGGAAGGAACGUGUCUCAUAGCUUUGGAUAUGGUUUAAUGGAUGCUUAUGCAAUGGUGAACCUUGCAAAAAAUUGGAUAACUGUUCCCGAGCAACACAAAUGCGAGAUAUCUGCACCAGAUGCUAUCAAGUCAAUUCCAGCAAAAAGUGUGGUAGUUCUUACACUAGCCGUGACGGAAUGCGAAGGAGUGGAAAUUUUGGAACAUGUUCAGGCCAAGUUAACGAUAUAUGCCCAGAGACGCGGUGACUUAAAUAUUCAACUUACCUCGCCCAUGGGUACGAGGGUAACUCUACUGGCACAUCGAGCCCACGACAAUUCCAGAGCUGGAUUUAAUUAUUGGCCUUUUAUGUCUGUUCAUUCGUGGGGCGAGUAUCCCAAUGGCACUUGGCAAUUGGAAAUACAUAAUGAUGGCAGACUAAUGGGAAGAGCAACACUGCAGAAAUGGUCAAUGAUAUUGUACGGGUCCAAAAAGUUCAUGCCAAUAGAUGUUAUGGGAAAAAAUAAAAACAAGAAUCGUGGCUUUAGAAAAUCAAAGUCUAAACAAAAAGCUAAAAAUCAAAGACUUUUAAAUUCCAAUAAAAAGUCCUCUAAAAAUUCUCUAAACAUUAAUUCAAAAAGAACGGAAACAACCAAUUUUGCAAAUGUCUUAGAAAGAAAUAGUAACGAUUCUAAUAGUUACUUAAAAUCUAGACCGCAUAAUUCAUUUAAUCAACUUAAUUUUACAACAUCGAAUUUCUCUCCUUAUUUUUAUGCAAUAUCUAAUACAAAAAAGUUUGAUCAAGAGAGUAUGGUAAAACACUAUCUUAAAUUUGUUAAAAAUGUAACUAUAACUUAUCCAAUAAUGAUUCCAACAAGAGAAGACAGCGAAAAGAAAGGCUUCAAAAAACUACAAAAAAUGAAGGAAAAAAGCCGUGACAUUAACUUCAAUCGCAAAAGUUUUAUACCAAAAGCCAGCGAAAAGCCUUCCAAGGCUGAAAUUAAGCAAUGGGAUCUAACGCUGUACGGAACCGCGACUGCGCCUGGUUUCGAUCUUAAAUAUCAAGUAGGAUCGAAAGACGCUACCUCAAAAAUGUAUAGCCAAGAUGUAGACAACUCUAUAAAGAACUCUAAUACUUGGAAAUAUGGGGCAGAGAAUCGCAAAGAUACGUUGGAAGUUGAAGAAAAACUCAAGGGCACAGCAUCAUCAUCCUGCAAAACCCCUAAUGCCAAUUUCUGUUUAGAGUGCUCUUCAGACUAUUUGCUUCAUAAUGGAACCUGCGUCAAAGAAUGUCCGGCUGGUUUUUAUGAUAAUAGAGAAAUUGCAAAUUCAAAGGAUACAAAUUACCGAAGGAGCGGCAAAUGCUUACAGUGCCAUUAUACUUGUAAGUCGUGUUUAGGCCCAUUGGAUUACCAAUGUACAAUGUGUUUUAGUGACGCCGUGAUCUAUAUUGUCUCAAAGUCGCAGACAUAUUGUUACACUUCACAUAUUAUAUCAGAAGUAUUGUCAGAAAAAUGGUAUUAUCGGGUGAUAUUUGUCCUGCCAAUUGGAUUUUUUGUUUGUUUAGUUUUAUUUAUAUUUUAUAGAAAAAAGUAUCUAGGAUAUAAGAGACUUAAUAGUACCGAACUAGAAGAUACAGACAAUUUAGGAGCUCAUUAUACUGAUUUCAAAUAAUAUCAUUAACAACAAUAAUUUCAAAUCUGCUUAUUUAUUUUUGAUCAUAAAAGCUAUAACCAACUAGAAUUUAAUAGGUACACAGUGCUUACAUAAUGGGUCUUUUUCCAAAAGUCUUAAGUAUAUUUUAAACUUAAACGUAAAGUAUUUUAAUGCAGUUUCAUAGUUUCUAGUUUUUAUCAACUUUUUAAAACGCCAACUUAAACAUGUUGUCUACGUCAACAUUAACAUUCCAACAUACCAGUUUAUACAUUUACUAGCUGGAGUAAGAAUUCAUGAGAUGUGAAAGUAUAAGAAAAUAAAGAGGGGUUCUUAAAAAUUAUCAACGCGCUUGUAGAUACGUCAAUCAAACCCUGAAUCGCACUCAUCAACAGCAAAGUGGCAAUGUCAAGACCAAUGUCAUUUUGAUGUGAUGCCAGAAAACUGACAAACCGACGUGGUGACGGGGUUUGUGGUAAUGUAACCCGUUGAUAAUGCGGCAGGAUGAAAUUAUAAGAGUUUUGACACAAUCUCUGUAUGUACUUUAGGAGUAAACUUACUUUAAGAGAAAAUUAAGUUUUUAUUAUAGAAAGCAUUCUUAUUUUUAUCCAUAUAUUUAUUUUGGUCAAAGAAUCUAAACAUUUUUUUUUUCAGAAAUGUGCAUAAGAGAUCUUCAAUUCUUUCUAAAAAGGACCCAUUUUAAACAGAAAAUAUAGUUUAAGUGUCUUGAUUUAAACUGCUUUUCAUCACAGUAAUGUGCUAAUUUUUUCAUGUCAUGUCUUGGCUGUAGAGUUUGGUAUAAAAUAUCCUUAAAGUGACGCUAUAAGUAAAACUCGAAAUAAGCCAAAGAAUUACCUGCCAAGCUAAUAGGGUUCUCCUUCCUAUCUAAGGCUCUUAAAAGUACUAUGGAAAGAUACAUUUUAUCUAUAUUUUCCAAUUACAGGAAUAUGAUUUGCAUAAGAUCUUCCCAAUGCAAAAUCUUUUUAUACACUAGCAAUAUAUUUAUUGGAAAUUCUAAGGCAAGAUUUACUUCCCCAUAUUUACUGGCUGCAUGAUAAACGUACAUAUUGAUGGUUAACAAAAUCUUUAAUAUUGUUAAUUACGACAUUGUCUCCCAUACAUAAAGCCAAACGAUUUGUGACCCUAAUAUCUUAAAAUAUAUAAAUUUUCAUUUCUUGUUAUUCCACGCCCAAAAUCUUAGUUCUCUUGACUCUUACCUCGCUUAUUUACCGGUCGGUUCUUUUUUGCGAGUAUAUUUACUAUUUCAUGGGUUUUUAACAAUCCUGUUUAAUGAAUUUAAAAGGUUUACCAACUUUUUAAAGCAAGCAAAUAAAUGCACGUUCAAGAAACGUACAAAAACGGACACACACAGAUUAUUUUUAACUUGCUUUUUAAUACAUUAUAUCUUAUGUAUCUUAUACACCGGGCGUUGUAAUAUUUUACUACAUUAUUAUCGUAAAUUUAUUUGAAACUUUUAGAUUAUUGGUAUAUAUAUUUUAUCUUUUAGUUUUAUUAACUCAUCAAUUUACUAUGUUCUAAUUUUAAGAUAUACGUACCGAGCAAAAGUAGAGAAACAUUGUUUGCAAAGUUGUUAACAAAAAAUUUUUAGUUUAUUAAAAUUAAAUACAAAUUAUUCUUGUUUUAACGCUGUAUUAAAUCUAGUAAUUAAAAUUUAACAUGAAAAAAACUGUAAGUGGUGUAGAUCCAUUCGGUAAACUAAUAAUCGAAAAACGCAAAAAUAGAGAAACAUUUAUAUAAAUCAAAUGAAAAAUAAACACAUUAGUGCUUUGUUGCAUAUCCCUUUUUUUAAUAACUUCUAGGCAGCUUCAACUUAAGGUACUCAGCUAUUUUUUAAAUUUCUAUUUACUAAAUCCUACAGGUUCGUUUGGCUCCCACGUUUGCCCUUCUAUGCUUGAAUGCUAUGAUUGUGCCCAAAGUGAUCUUAUUAUCACAACUUUGAUUUUUACUACAUCUGACCAAUAAUAUCCUAAGAAAAUAAAUUUAAUUUAUAUUAAUCGGAAAGUAAAACUGUAUUCAAUUUUGAUUCUAACCAGUAUUAAUCUGUAUAUGCGAAGUGAAGUCGAGCGGUUCAAUUUUUCUUUGAAAUGAAAGGUUAUAUCGAUGGUUUUCUUGCAGGUAACCCACUUUUCCUUAAACGCCUAAGGAACAGUCUUGGAAAGAAUCCACCAAUUUAGCUUCUUGGUUAAUGUUGCUGAUUUAAACCUGAAUGAUAUUUUCAUACAAUCAACUGUUUUACAUAUAACUGCAAAGUCAUGCCUCAGGGCAUAUUUACAUACUAUGCUUUAACAGACUGAAUAACUUUAUUUAGUACACUAUAUAAGUAUGCUCAGAAAAUAAAGAUUACCAAAUAUCUUUUAGCGGACCAAAAUUUUUAUUGCAUUUUUGCGUUUACAGAAAAAAAUUAGAAUCCAUAUGAAAUUAUAAGUUUUUAUUGACACUAUAAAUGCAAGCAUAUCUUAUUCUCACAACUAAAUUUGUUUAGAGCUCGAUGCUCUUAUAUUCAACUUUAUGUUUCUUAAUGCUCAUUAGGGUGAAGCAUUACAAUAUGUGAAAUUACAAUUUUCCGAAAACUGUAAUAGUACGGAUAAGAUGCGUUUAUAAAAUGUAGGAAUGCUUAAAUUUCUACAGCUAGUACCUCCGCAUUCAGACUAAAAUUGUGCCAAUUAAUUAAACAGCUAAAUGUAACAUAAUAUUAAUUGGUUUUGGGAGGUUGGAAAUAAGUAAAAGCACAACUUAAAGCCUUUUAUUUUCGUUUAAAAUAAAAAUUACAAAUUAAUAGGUUGUAUUAUUAAAAAUCUUUCCUGGUCUCAAAUUUAGGCAUUAUUUUUCGACUUUAAUUUUACUUGGAUGAUGCCUACUCUUGCCUUUUUGGUACAUAACUGUAUUGCGACUUUCGUUCUAAUUGGACAGUGCGUUCCAUAGAUUGCGUACGAUAUGGAAGGAGGAAAAAAAAUAGCUCACCUUUUGCGUCAGAUUGCACGAAAGCUAGAAUAUCCUUGUCAGUAAUGUUUUUCAUAAGCGCGGUGCAGUUAUUAUAUUUUGCCAGUUAAUGAGAUCAAUGUGGGAUGAAGCAUCUGCAUUUAUUGUAUGUACUUUAAACACUUUUAAAGUGGAAGACUCUAGUAGCAAUUUACAUUCUUUUAAUAUUCAUUGAGCAGAUAGUCUCGCACAUUCUUUCGUUUAUCGGUUAUUAUUUCCAGAAGACGAGAUCUGGAUGAGCAAAGUAACUGUUGCGUUUGAUAAUAACAUUUUUGAGAUUUUGUGGCAGGUAUCUAGAGGUCAAAAUAAUGUUAAACAGAUUAUGUGCUUUAUUCUUGCAAGAUCGAUGACUUUUAAUGCCAAACCAAGUAGGAGCACAAACCUUCACUACAAAUAUGGCUAGUGUAAUUAACUGUUCUGAAGAUAAUUCUAUUGACACUUACCAACGUAAGAUACGAUUGGCAUGAGUAAGCCACCUUGCGUGCGACAUUUUGUGUAUCAAAUUAUCAGGAAAACCUCUUAUCACAGCAGCUGAUAUUAUUCUGUUCAAAUAUAUUUGAUCAGAACUUAAAUCUUUCACAGCGGUUAUUUCUGGCAAAUCAGUUGAUAGUGCAGCUCUAAUUACACCUAUGUAGAAUUUUGGUCCAGUUACAGGUGAAUAAAUAAACGUAAAAGCAGUUCUUUCUUAUAAAGUAACCUAAUCUUUCCGCCCUUUAAGAAAUUGUCUAAUAUGGCUCUUUCUAUUUAUUGCCUUCGCUGAUCCUUUGUAGGGUACAACAUAACCCAUGUAAAUAGAUCCAGGCUCUUGAAAUGUGUAUGAGUAGACUAAUGAAAUGUGUUCCUCUAAAACUUUUUCUCUGUAACUCUUAACCUUUUAAUAGAUUUUAAAAUAUGUUUGCAUUUUAAAUGAUAUGCCUUUAAAGUUUGUAUAACUCUAGUAUGACAGAGACCACUUACAGUUGUGAUGGAAGCAGUCUGCCAGGUUUAUUCUAUUUUGAAUGAUAAUGUCUUAGCUAUUUCUGAAAAACCGGAGCUCUUUGCGGGUUUUCAUUUGUGAUUUUUGUUCUUCUUCAUUCAUAACACUAUCACUUUUUCAUAUUUCCUUUUAAAUCAAAAACAUCACCAAAUAACACCGAUUUCAAUACACUCCUAGUUUUAUCCAUAUUUCUAAAAGCAAAUAAUACGCGACUAUUCGAUGAAGGUAAACGUGAAACUAUUAAGUCCUCGCACGCGCGUUAAUUUUCUGAUCCAGCUAAAAAUUUAAAAAAAUAUCAGCUUUACAUUUAAAUAUUUUAUUUUAAUGUCAAUUCCAUACAUAUUGAUUUGAAAGAUAAUUGAUAAAGAAUAUCACGUCUAAACAAAACGGCAAUCAACUGAGUUAUACUGAUGCAUUUAAUUAAUAAAAAAGUUACUUGUGGGUUGAAAUAAAAACAACAUAUUUUGGACAUUUACAUUAAUGAUGUAUUUAUUUCUUCAUGGCAAUCCCGUUUUCCUAGUAAAUCUUCCAUAUCUUACAACUGACAUGAUUUUUAAUGCGAAUACAAUAUACCAUAUACAAUAUGCCUUUAAUAUUUUAUUUCUGACAAUAGUUGAGUUAGAUUAAACUUUAAAAUAAAUGAAUUUAUUAUAAUAAUAUUAUUAAUAAAUGAAAAGCCAAAUAAUAAUAUAACAGCACUAAAACAAUAAAUGAUUAUAUUUAGUUUCUGGAAUACUAUAGUAACUUAUAAAAAUACAAUUUAAUACAUAGACAUAUUUAAGAUAUAUACAGAAUGACUAUGUUCAGUAACUUUAACCCUAUUUUUAUGUUAAUCUGGAACUCAAUGUUAGAACUCAUUAAUCUCUACUUUCGUUCGGUAUUAUAUAUUACUAGCUGUACAUACUUUAUGUGUUAAGAAAUCUGUAAUAGGGUUACAUGAUAUUAGUGCUAUAGAUAUUCUUUAUAAGCAAUUUUUUUAACGUAUACGUUUGAAGUUGGUCGGUUAUACAGAGUCUUUAUGUUUUAUGUUAAUAUCUGAAUAUGUUAUUAGUUUAUAUUUUGCUUAAAUAAAAUAUAGUUUCAUUUACAUUUAUUUUGAGUUUAUUCUUCAACUUAUUUCAUUAACAAAUUCAUUCUUCAAAUGUUUAAAUCGUUAUUUGCCGUUUCUAUUGGUGUUUUUUUUUUUCACUUUAGAGAAGCACUGUGAUAUCUGAAAUCGUGUAAUAUGCGCAUAAGCCCACUAUGCCGCAUAAAUGAAAUUAUGUAGAAGCCUCCAAAACUAAUACUAAUCUUACUAUGUCACAUUUAGUAGAAUCUAUAUACACUAUUUUCUAAAUAUAAAAUAAAUCAUGUAUGCAUAAUUCUAACACUAUUGUGAUUAGAUAUUUAAACUUUUACAAGUUAAAAUUCAAAGAAAGGUAUUGUUUUUGUUACCUAUGAUCGCUCUUGACGAAUGGGCUUAUAGGAUUGGGACAGGGUAAUCAUGUGCCAAAUAAGCAUAGACAAUGAAGGUGGUUUUUAUUUU